UCCUCCUUCGAGCUCGAGCCAUGCUGAUCCAAGUCGUUUCCCGCCGUUCGCAGGGUGACGAGCUUCAUGACGAUCACUGUGUUAAGAUACACUCCAGCUUGCUCUCUGUGGCCUCUGGUUCAUCACCCUUGGAGAACAUUGUUCAGCUUGGUUCUGCUGCUGUCAUUAUCUUCGAACGCUCCUUCUACGUUUUUGACAGACGGCGCUAUCUUCAAGCCAAGGAAACUUGUGACCCGUCUUUCUAUGUCGUUCUGGAGCAGUACGUCGCGUCUCCGCAUGCAGCUGCUGUAAAGG